AUGCCCAUGCGCGCCCACAUCCACGAACCCUCUAGGGUGAAUUCUCCUCCCAAACAAGGCCAGAAACGUGGCCAGUCUAACACUGAGGCAAAAAAAUCCAAGUGUGUCAAGGCCAACACCAAGAGUGAUGGUGAGGAGAGUAAUGAGGGAGAACCAGAGGUUGGGAAGGGCAAGGGAAAGACUGGUGGCAAGAAGGGGAAAAAAGCAAGUGUUGAACAAGCUCUUGAAGCUUCUGGCACAUCUGUUGCACCUCCAAAGUGUACUGGUCACUCAUCUACUUCUUCUUUCCUCCCCCCUGCCCCCACUGUUUCCAGUAGUCGUUCUCGUAUCAAUCGUGAGCCUGCGGUUACUGCUGCACAUGAAGAAACAAGUGAUGAGAAGAGUGAUGAGGAAGAUGGUGAUGAGGGCAGUGAUGGUGAUGAAAGAGGUGAGGAGCAGGAGGUCAUCCGAUUUGGCCCACCAAGAGGCCAUCGUCAGGCCAAGUCUGGUUCCAACCACCAUGAGCCCUUGGCUGAAGCACUGGAUUUUAAUCUGGCUAUUGAUCUGGUCAAAUCUAGUUUCAUUGGCAUCUGCUACCUCUUCAGGGCAAUGUCCUUUUCCAAAUAUUCCAUUCAGCAUAUUUAG